UAAGAUACACAAUCACACAGUAAAUAGUACUCACACUGAUUUCAGAUGAAACAGCGGUCUCGCUUCUACCGAUGUUACUGGAUUUUUCGUGUUUUCCUCAACGUCUCUCUGAGAUUUUUCCCAGCGGUAUUAAACUGCACGGAGGAGGCGGGUGUCUCUCCAUUAACCGGUAGUAAUGCGGAGUGUAGCCAGCUCUGGAUUCAGCUAAGCCCAUCCGACAAUGUCACAUAAACACCAUCAUCACUAGCAGCGGCACGAGAUCUUCACUGGAAUAAUUUCUUUCCAAAUGCUAUCGAAGACGGACGGGUGAAUACCGGGAUAUUUAAACGUCAGCUCUUUUUGUCCAUUCAGUCCAUCCAUCCCAUUGAAAAGGUCAUGAAAGCCCCCUCUUCCUAGUGUCACUGACCUCUGAUGACCCACUGAUCUUUGACCUGUGUUCCUGUCAUCUUCACCCCUCUCCUGCUAUGCAGCCAUGAGCUCUGCGCUAUGGAGCCAGGAGAAGUCAGGAGGCAGUUUCCGCGACGACUGGCACUUCUACAUUGUUGUAAAGGAGUGCACUGUGGAAAAGCCAGGCCAGAAGACUCUGCGCAUCCCACGUGGCAGCCUUGGCCAGGCCUGCCAAGAGCGCAACAGCCUGGGUCGCACAAUUCCGCCCAGCAAGGGUAAGCGCAGCCUACGCAUUCUGGACCAGACCAAUGUGGUGGUUAGCGUGGAUGAACGGGACGUUAUGGAGCUUGAGGAGAAGCUGGCAGAGCUGCUGUUCCCCAUCACCAACUGCGAAGAGCGCUACAGCCUGCUGCGCAACAGAGCACGUCUGGACAGGGCACGCGACAUCAACUGCGGAUCAAAAGUUCGAGUGCAGUUGAGGUUCGGUGACCAGCCCCUUCCAGGCGUGGUCCGCUUUAAAGGAGCUUUGCUGCCCGACAGAGCGCUGAGUGGUAUCUGGUUUGGUGUUGAAUUGCUGGAGGAGGGCAGAGGUCAAGGUUUCACCGAGGGCUCUUAUCAGGGUCAGCAGCUGUUUCGUUGUGAAGAUGAAUGCGGUGUCUUUGUUGCACUGGAUAAACUUGAGCUCUGGGAAGAUGAUGAGCUGGAGGUAGAUCGUGUGACGCUAGAGGAUAAUGACCAGGAAGUGGAAGGUGAAGGACCGCCACUGGAGAUCAACUCUCGAGUGUUGGUGCAGACGCGGGACGGCCCAGAACGGGGCACUGUUAUUUUCUGUGACUUACUGCCUGGCAACGAGAGUCUUGGAUACUACGUUGGUGUUGAUAUGGACAAUCCCAUUGGAGACUGGGAUGGGAUCAUCGACGGCAAACAGCUGUGUAAUUUUGCUAGUCUUGAACACACCCGUCUUGUCCCCAUCUGUGAUGUGAUGCCAGAAUACUCCAUGCAGGAUCAGAGGCUGCCCAAAGUCUUUGCCUGCAGGGCCGGCAGUGACAAACCUGGCAGCCAGAGCAAACCAAAGAGUAAAGGGUUAGGCCUGCAGCCUGGCAGCAGGAGCAAGUCUGAGUUUUAUUAUACGCUAAAUGGCAGUUCGGUUGAUCACCCUGCCCAGUCCAAAGCCAAAAGCACAUGGUACAUAGAUGAAGUUGGCGAGGACCCGGCCAAAUCCCUGACGGAAACACCCCCAGACUUCAAUCCAAGCUCGUCCCCUUCUCGAGCUCCGCCCAUAACCUCCUCACUGUCCAAUGAUAACAAGUUCCACUCCCUGCCCUUUAGCUUGAGCCACAAAGUUGGCCCCAGUGGGAGCAUGAGCCACGGCCCACUCUCCCUGUCCGCUGGCUCAGUGAUGGGGGAGCAGCAAGAGGUCCUGCCACCUGCUACCACUCCUGUCCAGAGGCCUCCGUCGCCAACACAAAGCCAGCCAGGGUUAGAGGUCGGGUCAUUGGUGGAGGUUAAAGAGAACCCACCUCUGUGUGGGGUCAUCCGCUGGGUUGGUCUACCUCCAGGUCUUCAAGAGCCGCUAGCUGGGCUAGAGCUGGAGGAGGAGUGUGUGGGCUGCACUGAUGGAACGUUUAAAGGGAUUCGUUAUUUUACGUGUCCACCAAAGAAAGCUCUUUUUGUCAAACUGAAGUGCUGCAGGCCUGACUCACGAUUCCCAUCCUUACAUAAUUCACCCAACCCCAUAGAACGAUGCAACUCCAUAGCUUUUGGUGGUUACCUAAGCGAAGUAGUUAAUGAGAACACUCCUCCUCGGACAGAAAAUGAUGGUUUGGAGGUGAUGGUGGGGAAAAAGAAAGGAAUACAAGGGCAUUACAACUCCUGCUAUCUAGACUCUACUCUGUUCAGUCUUUUCUCCUUUAGUUCUGUGUUGGAUACGGUGCUCCUGAGACCAAGAUCUAAGACUGAUGUAGAAUAUUACAAAGAGACACAAGACUUACUGCGCACAGAAAUAGUCAACCCACUACGAAUACAUGGCUACGUGUGCGCCACUAAAAUCAUGAAACUUAGGAGGAUAUUGGAGAAAGUGGAGGCAGCGUCAGGAUUCACUUCAGAAGAGAAAGAUCCUGAGGAGUUCCUCAAUAUCCUGUUUCAUCACAUCCUGAGAGUCGACCCUCUUCUCAAACUUCGGUCUGCAGGACAGAAGGUUCAGGACUGUUACUUCUAUCAAAUCUUUAUGGAUAAGAAAGAUAAAGUGCUGGUGCCAACCAGCCAGCAGCUUCUGGAGUGGUCCUUCAUCAACAGUGAUCUCAAAUUUGCAGAGGCCCCUUCUUGCCUUAUAAUUCAAAUGCCACGCUUUGGGAAGGACUUUAAGAUGUUUAAUAAGAUCUUCCCUUCUCUGGAGCUUGACAUCACAGAUCUAUUAGAUGACACCCCUAGAGAAUGUCGGAUUUGUGGUGGCUUAGCUCUUUACGAAUGCAGAGAGUGCUAUGAAGAUUGUGACAUCACGCCAGGAAAAAUCAAGCAGUACUGCGAGAAGUGCAAUACACAGGUACAUCUGCACCCACGGCGUAAGUCUCAUCGUUAUGUUAAGUUAUCUGUCCCUAAAGAGCUACAGGAGUCGGUUUGGAGACAGGGAUCUUACCCUCACCAGCAGAUGGAGCUGUUUGCCGUGCUUUGCAUUGAGACAAGCCACUAUGUCGCCUUUGUCAAAUAUGGAUCCGCAGACUCAGACUGGCUAUUCUUCGAUAGUAUGGCUGACCGUGACGGCGGUCAGAACGGGUUUAACAUCCCACAGGUUUCCCCAUGCCCUGAAGUAGGGGCCUACCUGAAGAUGACCCCUGAGGAACUUCACGCACUGGACCCCAAGAACAUCCAGGGCUAUGCACGCAGACUUCUCUGUGACGCUUAUAUGUGCAUGUACCAGAGUCCCACCAUGAGCCUCUAUAAAUAGAGAAGGAGGAAUAAAGAAGAAUGGAAAGGUAGGAAAGGGAAUGGCAGAGAAGGAGAGAGAUGAGGAAGAAAAGAAAGAAGAAAAGUGCUCAAGAAGACGCACUUGAGAUUGAAUAUCCCACAUCCAGUUACCUCAUCCUCUCUUCUGCAUCUCUCUGUACAUACUGCAGGGUAAAUACAGUUAUGAGAGUGAAGGUGAGAUCAAGAGAACAAACAAAAAAGCCUAUUUGCACUGUGUGAGAGCAUAUGUGUUUGUUGAAGUGUUGUUGUUGUUUUCUCUGAUUUGUGCCGUCUUUGGCUCAGCUCAAACUCUUGAGUGUUCAGAGCGGUGUUUUGCACGGAGAGAAUUCGCAAUCUUUCCAGCCCUCAGGUGUUUCACAGACGCUCACUCACCUGAUGGCUUCACAUCCGCUACGUACCACCAGAACUGACCCCUCCAAACAGCAAAACAUUCUACCCCUGUAAAUGAAACCUUGGAUGAAUGUCCAAAACAAAUCGUUUCUGUUCUGUCUGAAUGCCUCCACUUAUCACCAACCCAUUUGAAUGCACUGCAGCGUCCAGCAUUAAUUAUAGUUCAGACGCACUGUGUGUAGUCCCUGUUUUUGCCUUUGUAUUUUGCUGUGAAGUGUUUGUCUGGUGUGUUCACAUACAGCGGAGCCCUUGACUGCCAUGCACUGGUUCCAGAUCAAGACAGAAGAAUGAGAUGAUUAAGCACAGUUUUUUUUGGACAUGAAGAAUAAUAUAAUUGAGCUUUUUCUUGUUAAAAUAGGAAUUAUUUCAUUUUAUUAUAAUUUUUUUUUUUUUUUUUUAUAAAUAUGGAUAUUUUUAUUUUAAAUUUUGCAAAAAAAUACUAGCAACUCCCCAGGCCAUGCUCUAAAAGUCGUAAAUUACUUCCUAUAGAUACAAGCCAAUUUUUGCAAGUAUUAUGCUUAUAUUAUGAUAUUCCAAAGGUUACUGUUUUGCAGUCAAGGACAUGUUCAUAUUAUAAAGAACUGAUUCUAGUUCCUGUUGUAUAUGAUAUGCUCCGGUUUGAGUGUUCACGGCUGAGGCUGAAUGGGCAAGAGCUGUUUGAUGCUAUACUGCAGUGCCGAUGGCUAAUUUGCAGUAACACUGUUCAUCGAGAUACUGGUUUGAUGUACUGUGCACAUUUUUGCUAUGGGUUAUCGGAUUGUUUACACAUCCUGGUUUAAACUAAAGCGUUAUGAAAAGAAACUUGCAUUGGGAUCAUUUUGUAAUCUCUGCUGAUGUAACUGUACAGUAUGGGAGAGAUUCUUCCUGUAAUGGGAGAAAGAAUGACGACUGGUGUACUUGUGUAAAAUGAAGCCAGGUGGACUUUAUUAUAUCUGUGCUGUUCUCUUAAAUGUUAACUAAAUUAAAACGCCAUUUUGAAAACA